AUGAUUGUGAAGUAAAAAAGAGAAAUUUUUCAUGUAUAGUUAAGAAGAAAUUAAAGAGAACAAAUUUUUUCAAAAAAAAGAGUCUUAGAAGUACCAAAUUAAUAAUAUGUGACUUCAGAAUAAGCAAUUCUUUUUCUAAAAGGAGCAGUGUCGAAUCAAAUAAAUUUAUAGGAGAUGUUUUCAGAAUUACAUCAAUUAUUACCAAAAUAUAGUGAAUUACACUUGAAAACAUUGCCUUAUAUAAUUUAAGGAGUUAGGAAAUAUUUAGAGGUUAAUGAGUAAUCUUUACUUUAAAUGAAUGAAGAAGAUCUAGAAAUAUCUGAAUAUACAAUACUAGAAAUACUUUCAUAUUUAGUUUCAUUGACUUAUUACAUAAAAGUGGAAUUUGAUUUGGAAAAUUUAUUAGAUAUGUUAAUAGCAAUAUUUAAGUCAACUGAUGAGUUCAGAAUGAUUGAAAGAUUAUGUUAAAUAUUUUAAAAUCUUCUUGUUGACUUUGAUUAUACUUCAUCAUAUUUACUUAAGUGUGAUAUUGUAACAUAAUUGGCAAACAAAUUUUUAGAUUGUAAUAUAAGUUAUGAUUUAAAUCGUCUUGCUCCUAUGUUUAGAGUAUUAUAAUAAUUAGAUGAAAUUAGUUAUAAUGAAUUCAAUUAAAUUCAUCCAUUAUUACAUAGAUUAUAAAAUGAAUUCAAGGUUGAUUCCUCAAAAUAUUGUGAAAUUAUUGAAGGUUUUUUUGCUUUUUUAGUAAAAUGUACAAAUUCAUCAAACAAUUAGAACGAGUCACAAAACUAUUAAUAGCUUUAGCUAUUUAAUAAAUUAUUUGAAUUUUAAUAUGUAAAUUGGUCAGUAAGUUUAUUGUUUAAGUACAAGAAUUAAAAAAAUAUAGUAACAGUUAUAUAUUAAUUUCUUCACAACCUUAGUUUAGAAUCUUGUGGAAAGAAUUUAAUUUCUUAAGGAGUUUUAACAGCAAUAUUUGAACAUUUAUCAGAUUAGAUUGCUUCUUAAAAGCAACUCUAUACAAUAUUAACAAAUUUAAUAGUAGAUGAUUUAGAAAGUGUCUUGAAAAGUGGAAUUUUUAAAAAAGUUCAUUCGCAUUUUGAAUAAGGAUUUCCUAGUGCUGACUAUAUAAAUGAGUUAAUGUAUAGCAUCACUAAUUCUUUUUAUAUAGCUAAUGAGAAUUAAAUAAUAGAAUUAAUAUAAUUAGGAUUAGCAGAUUGUUUAGUUUUAUAUAUUAGUUAAUAGCCAAUGGAGCUUUUAAAUAUAGAAUUAUGCAGUGCAAUAUUUUAAGCAAUACAUUCAGUUUUUUUAAAGUAACCUCAGAGAUCGAUACACAGUUUAAAAAAUAAACUCAAACAAGAUUCUAAAUUUCUUGGAAGAAGUAGCUAAAUUUAUGAAAUAAGUAAAAAUGAUGAUUAAGAAUAUGAAGAAAUGUGGAAAUAUUUGACUUAAAUGGAUUGA